AUGAAUGGUCUUUACAUCCUUAUUCCUGACACGUCCCAUACGCUCGCUGCUGAGCACCCCCCACGCGAUAUGAGUACCCCCGCGCUUUCCGACGACACUUGCAGCUCCUCUUCACGCGAAAGCUCUCCACCAGCUACACCCACUUCUGGAGUCAGUCGUGCACCAUCUGUUUCUUUUGAUGACUAUUCUAAGCAUACACACGCUGGCGACGGCACGGACAUCAGGAUUGUCGAAGCAGAUGCGGACUCCUCGCCACCAGAAGACAUCACGCGUCCGCUGAAACGGAGGCGGUCGGCGGACACAAGGGCUGAUGAAGUUAGCACAGAGAGAGCGCUGCUGCCUAAUAUUUGGAGCGAUGCAACCAGGGUCGAUGACGGCGCGUUCUUCGGUCUUGGACAUACACCCAUCAGCGACUGCACGAGUGUCGGGGACGUCGAGCCCGACGCAUUGCACCCGUCAUCAGAAUACGUCUCCCGUCCACUGAAACGGAAGCGAAGUGCGGACACAAGCACCUAUGACGUUCGCGCAAAGAGGGCGCGGACGUCUGGCACCUCGAACGACGCAACCAAGGCCGAGGACCGCGCUUGUUUCGGUCUUGAGCAUAUGGCCAUCCACGACUACACGAAGAUCAGGGUCGUCGAACCGGACGCGGAUCCCCCGGUUGCCCCCGGUAUUGACAUACACGUUCCACUUGACGCUAUCGCUCGCCCCCCGAAGCGAAAACGGUGUGCAGACACGACGGUCGACGAAGUUUGUGUUAAGAGAAGGCGAUUAUCUGACAGUCCGAGCGAUGCAUCGCAGCUCAAAGACGGGAUUCCUUUCGGACCUCACCCUAGAUGCAUGAUCACGGGCUUCGUGUCCGCCGAGGUGGAGGCGUGCUAUAUCCUGCCUCCCGCCACGCCCCAACCGUUGGUCUACAAGUACUACGUCGUUGCAGAAGAUGAGCACCCUUCAAGCUCGCGCAUCUCCAAGGAUCAUACCAUUAGGCCUCCAGUCGCGACGACUUGUAGCCCGUGUCGCUCGCUGGGGUGGCACGAGCUGAGUGCCAAUCUGCAUUUAAUGACAAUUCGAGUGGGUCGUGAAUUCAUUAAGCGACCGCUCCACUACGAGCAUGUUUUAUCUAAGGACGUUCUUGUGCAUAUACCCACUAUCGCGCUUGUCCACCCAGAUGCAGUCGAGCCGAUCUCCCCCCACAUUGAACGAGAAUCGCCAGUCGAAAGCAUCCCCCGCCCGCGGAAGCGGAAACGGUGUCCGGAGACAGAGACUGGUGAAGUCCCUGCCAAGAGGAUGCGCACGUCCGUCACUGGAUGCAACGCGUCCAACGUCAAGGACGCCGUUCGUUUCGGACCUCAUCCAAGCCGUCGUUUGUCGCCUCACAUACUGUGCGUAGUUCGACGCGACCUCCGAGAGCUGUGGGAAACAAACCGUUUGUUGAUGAUACCCCAUCCUGGUCAUUUGAAGAAGCUUCAACAUUGCACUGUGUAUAAGUAUUGCGUCAUCGCAGAGGAUGAGCACCCUCCAGACUCAUGCGCGACCAUGGGGAACCCCAUCACGGCUGCCGUCAUGGCGGCCCCUUGCUCAUAUCGGUCGCUCGGGUGGCAUAAAUUGAAAGCCGAUCUCCGUCUGAUGGUAUUUCGAGCGGGACAGAAAUUGAGCAAGCGACCAUUCCACUACCAGCGUAUCUUGCGACAGCUGCUGCCCCACAAGGAGAUUAAUCAUACAUACAGCAUAGUCUCCCGGUAUGCGUCAUGGACGAUCCCCAUGUAUUUGGAGAGAGUACGCGGCAGGCGGUUGUGGACAACAGGCGAGCUCACACCUUUCCCUGAUGGUUAUUUCCGCAGCCCCAGGAAGCAAUAUUGCCCUCCCCUGUCGGAUGAUGACACUGCCCGCUUGCCUUGCCCACUUCGGCCAAUCGUCUCAGGGAUAAAGAGGAAGCGUUCUGGUGACACCAGGGUGGACGGUGAGGUCUACACCGCGGAGGAAGAUGCUCAAUGGAGAGCGAGCAUUCGUCUGUGGAGUCAGGAUUGCGAUCAGGCUCGAGACGAGUGGACGAUGGGGCCGCUCGCGGAACCUGAGGACGCAGAUUUGCUCGCUUAUCGACAGGAGGAAACUGGCAAAGUUCUGACUGCUGCGCAAGAACCUUGGUUCGCGGAAUGGCAUUCUUCAAAUUUUGACACCUGGCCUUAUCCCUUCUGCUGCGGCAAUGGACUGAUACAGACACCCCCGACCCGCACGGAUGAGCCAGAUGUGCUGCCGCACCAUGCGCGGCGAUUGUCGCCAAGGGGCGGGAUGUACAGUUGUCCUGAGGAGCAUUGCGUUGCCCUUUUCCCCUCAAUUUCCAGUCGGGCUAUCGGCUGUAUCUCAGAGUUUCCUUCCGGCCGCCGCGGUAACUAUACGCAUGGUCCUUGCCAGACGCCAAACAGCGUCUACCAGCCGCCGGUCCUGGUUCUUCGAGUAACGAUUCCCUCACAACAUAGCCGAACGGGGUUCAACCGCCAGACAUCAAGAUUUGUUUAA